AUCCUCUGAGAAUGGUGCUACGUCUAGUAACAGCCAAGGGAAGCCUUCCCUCAGGCGAAUCAAAGGGAGAUUACACAGAAGCAAAAGCCUGGACAGCGUCGAUUUCUGCGAACUCACCAGCACAGCCAUGGAGGAAACGGCUAUAUGGGAACAGCACACGGUGACGCUUCACAGGGCUCCGGGAUUUGGAUUUGGAAUUGCGAUCUCUGGUGGGAGAGAUAACCCCCACUUUCAGAGCGGGGAGACCUCGAUCGUCAUUUCGGACGUGCUGAAGGGAGGGCCCGCCGAGGGGCAGCUGCAGGAAAAUGACCGAGUUGCGAUGGUUAAUGGAGUUUCGAUGGAUAAUGUUGAACAUGCUUUUGCUGUUCAGCAACUAAGGAAAAGUGGGAAGAAUGCAAAAAUUAACAGCGGCCGCCAACAGGUCGUCCGUGAGGUCCGAGAGGUUGGCGAGCGCUGCCUAGAAAGUCAUUUCCCUUUCCCCCCGAGUCUGUGCCUGCUUGUGGGCACUCUGUGUGUUUGCCAAUACGGUCUCCGACUGGCCAGCCAUAUAUUUGUGAAGGAGAUUUCACAAGAUAGCUUGGCAGCGAGAGAUGGCAAUAUUCAAGAAGGCGACGUUGUCCUGAAGAUAAAUGGCACCGUGACGGAAAACAUGUCCCUGACGGAUGCCAAGACGCUGAUAGAAAGGUCGAAGGGCAAGCUGAAGAUGGUGGUGCAGAGAGACGAGCGGGCCACGCUGCUGAACGUGCCCGACCUCUCGGACAGCAUCCACUCUGCCAAUGCCUCGGAGAGGGACGACAUUUCAGAAAUUCAUUCGCUGGCAUCAGAUCAUUCUGGUCGGUCACAUGACAGGGCUCCCCGCCACAGCCGGUCGCGAUCUCCUGACCAGCGGUCAGAGCCUUCUGACCAUUCCAGACAUUCGCCACAGGACCCCAGCAACGGCAGUCACCGGAGCAGAGAGGAGGAGAGAGCGUCCAAACCCGGGACCGUCUCGCCUCCCAUGAAGCACGCGGACGAUCGUGCCCCGAAGGCAGUGGAAGAGGGCCCCGUGGAGAGAAACGAGAAGGCGGCAGCCACUCUCCCAGAACCGAAGCCUGUGUAUGCUCAAGUUGGACAACCAGAUGUGGAUUUACCUGUCAGCCCGUCCGAUGGUGUCCUGCCCAAUUCCACGCAUGAAGACGGGAUCCUUCGGCCCAGCAUGAAAUUGGUGAAAUUCAGAAAAGGAGAUAGCGUGGGUUUGCGGCUGGCUGGUGGCAAUGAUGUCGGGAUAUUUGUCGCUGGCGUUCUAGAAGAUAGCCCUGCAGCCAAAGAAGGCUUGGAAGAGGGCGAUCAAAUUCUCAGGGUCAACAACGUCGACUUCACCAACAUCAUCCGCGAGGAAGCCGUGCUCUUCCUGCUGGACCUGCCGCGGGGGGAGGAGGUGACGAUCCUGGCGCAGCAGAAGAAGGAUGUUUAUCGCCGCAUCGUAGAAUCAGACGUAGGAGAUUCUUUCUAUAUCAGAACCCACUUUGAAUACGAGAAGGAAUCUCCGUAUGGACUUAGUUUCAACAAAGGCGAGGUGUUCCGGGUCGUGGACACCCUGUACAACGGGAAACUGGGCUCCUGGCUCGCUAUCCGCAUUGGCAAGAACCACAAGGAGGUGGAACGAGGCAUCAUCCCCAACAAGAACAGGGCUGAGCAGUUAGCCAGUGUGCAGUACACGCUUCCUAAGACAGCGGGAGGGGACCGCGCUGACUUCUGGAGGUUCCGGGGCCUUCGCAGCUCCAAGAGGAAUCUCCGCAAGAGCAGGGAGGACUUGUCGGCCCAGCCGGUGCAGACCAAGUUCCCAGCCUACGAGAGAGUGGUCCUCCGGGAAGCCGGGUUCCUGAGGCCGGUCACCAUCUUCGGACCAAUAGCGGACGUGGCCCGAGAGAAGCUGGCGCGAGAGGAGCCGGACAUUUACCAGAUUGCAAAAAGCGAACCUCGAGAUGCGGGGACGGACCAGCGCAGCUCCGGCAUCAUCCGCCUCCACACGAUCAAGCAGAUCAUAGACCAGGACAAACAUGCUUUAUUAGACGUCACACCAAAUGCAGUCGAUCGCCUGAAUUACGCCCAGUGGUACCCCAUCGUGGUCUUCCUUAACCCCGAUUCUAAGCAAGGCGUGAAAACAAUGAGGAUGCGGUUAUGUCCCGAAUCUCGGAAAAGUGCCAGGAAGCUCUACGAGCGGUCUCACAAGCUGCGUAAAAAUAACCACCACCUUUUCACCACCACAAUUAACUUAAAUUCAAUGAAUGACGGCUGGUACGGUGCGCUGAAGGAAGCCAUUCAGCAGCAGCAGAACCAGCUGGUUUGGGUCUCAGAGGGAAAGGCGGAUGGUGCUACCAGUGAUGACCUUGACUUGCAUGACGAUCGCCUGUCCUACCUGUCAGCCCCAGGUAGUGAAUACUCAAUGUAUAGCACGGACAGUAGACACACCUCUGACUAUGAAGACACAGACACAGAAGGCGGGGCCUACACUGAUCAAGAACUAGAUGAGACUCUUAAUGAUGAGGUGGGGACCCCCCCGGAGUCCGCCAUUACCCGGUCCUCUGAGCCCGUAAGAGAGGAUUCCUCUGGGAUGCAUCACGAAAACCAGACAUUUCCUCCCUACUCACCACAAGCGCAGCCACAGCCCGUUCAUAGACUAGACUCCCCGGGACUUAAAACAGCCUCUCAACAGAAAGCAGACGCCUCAUCUCCAGGCCCUUACCUUUCGCCCGAAACAAACCCAGCACCACCCACCUCUGCUGUCAAUCACAGUGUCAAGUUCACUCAUGUCAGACUGGAGGCGCCCGCCCCUCCCGCCUCUCACUCCCCACCAGCUGACUCUUUGCCAACACCCAGGGCCGAGGCCGCCCACUCCCUGCUCAGGGACCACGGAGCUGCACUGCCGUCGCAUGUAGACCCACCACAGGUGUACCGAAAGGACCCCCACCCCGAGGACCUCAUCCGGCAGAAUCAUGUGGUGAAGCAGCCGGCCGGGGCGCAUCCCGCACUGAGGCCCGACAGGGACCCCAAGCCGAGCUACGAGCCCCACGCCCCGUACGUGGAGAAGCCGGCCAGCAGGGACCUGGAGCAGCCCACGUACAGAUACGACUCCUCUGGCUACGCAGACCCGUUCUCGCGGCACGUGGACCACCGCCUGCGCUAUGAGGAGCGCAUCCCCGCCUACGAGGAGCACUGGUCCUACUACGAGGACAAGCAGCCCUACCAGCCCCGGCCCUCUGACAGUCAGCACCCCCGGGACCUGGACUCCAGGCAGCACCCCGAAGAGCCCUCGGAGCGGGGCUACUUCCCGCGGUUCGAGGAGCCAGCCCCUCUGCCCUAUGACAGCAGACCCCGCUACGACCAGCCGCCCAGGACCUCCACCCUGCGGCACGAGGAGCCCCCGGCUCCCGGGUAUGAGGUGCACGGCAGGUACAGGCCCGAGGCGCCGCCUCCCGCGGGCCCCCAGGCCCCUGAGUCCAAGCAGUGUUACGAGCAGUACCCACGGAGCUACGAGCAAGUCCCCGCACAAGGCUUCACCUCGAAGGCAGGCCGCUACGAGCCGCCUUCUCAGCACAAGCCGGACGUGCCGCCGCCCAGCACCAAGCCCCUGCCCGCACCCCCCGCCCCCGCGGAGGAGGAGGACCCCGCCAUGAAGCCGCAGUCCGUGCUCACCCGGGUGAAGAUGUUUGAGAACAAGCGGUCUGCGUCCUUGGAGAACAGGAAGGACGAGAACCACGCGGGCUUUAAGCCUCCGGAGGCAGCGUCCAAGCCGCCAGGGGCUCCCAUCGCGGGUCCUAAAGCCACUCUUCAGAGUCAGUUCAGUGAACACGACAAGACCCUGUACAGGGUCCCAGAACCGCAAAAGCCUCAGCCGAAGCCCCCAGAAGAUAUUGUCCGGUCCAACCACUACGACCCCGAGGAAGACGAAGAGUACUACCGGAAGCAGCUCUCCUACUUCGACCGGAGGAGUUUUGAGAACAAGCCCUCCGCACACAUUCCCGCAGGCCACCUCCCAGAGCCGGCCAAGCCGGCUCACUCCCAGCAUCCGCCCAGCCUUUCUAGUUAUUCCUCGAAGGGCAAGUCUGUGGACGCUGAUGCCUUCGGUGACAAACGCUAUGACUCCGUCCAGCCCACGCCACCCCCACCCCCACUGCCCUCCCAGUACUCCCAGCCACCCCAGCCCAGCUCCAGCUCCUCGCUCCACGCCCACGCCAAGGGAGCCCACGGGGAAGGUAAUUCAGUGUCAUUGGAUUUCCAGAAUUCUUUAGUGUCCAAACCAGAGCCACCUCCGUCUCAGAACAAGCCAGUCACUUUCAGAACGGUGAGCCGAGAGGAUCCUGCUCCGUCUACCUUCUACCCCCAGAAGAGUUUCCCAGAUAAAGCGCCAGUGAACGGCACUGAACAGCCUCAGAAAACAGUCGCCCCAGCCUACAACCGCUUCACCCCCAAGCCGUACACCAGCUCCGCGCGCCCAUUCGAGCGCAAGUUUGAAAGCCCUAAAUUCAGCCACAACCUUCUGCCGAGUGAAACUGCACACAAGCCUGACGUGUCUUCAAAAGUCCCGACUUCUCCCAAGACCCUGGUGAAGGCCCAGCCACCCGAGUUCGACAGCGGCGUGGAGACCUUCUCCAUCCACACGGAGAAGCCCCGCUACCACGUGAACAGCCUCAGCACCGGGCCCAGAGCUGUUCCUGGGAGCCCGUCGGCGGUGGAGGAGGACAAUGACGAGGACGGCCACACCGUGGUGGCCACGGCCCGGGGCGUGUUCAGCAGCAACGGCGGGGUGCUGAGCUCCAUUGAGACGGGCGUCAGCAUCAUCAUCCCCCAGGGCGCCAUCCCGGAGGGCGUGGAGCAGGAGAUCUACUUCAAGGUCUGCCGCGACAACAGCAUCCUCCCGCCCCUCGACAAGGAGAAAGGUGAGACGCUGCUGAGCCCGCUGGUGAUGUGUGGGCCCCACGGCCUCAAGUUCCUGAAGCCCGUGGAGCUGCGCCUGCCACACUGUGCGUCCAUGACUCCUGACGGUUGGUCUUUUGCUCUAAAAUCAUCCGACUCCUCGUCGGGUGACCCUAAAACCUGGCAAAACAAGUGUCUUCCUGGAGAUCCGAAUUACCUGGUGGGAGCCAACUGCGUCUCUGUCCUGAUCGACCACUUCUAAUCCGGAAACGGGACCUUGCUAAAAUAAUGUGAACCUGGGCUAGACUUCCUCCAUCUGAACGGAACCACUCUCUCAAGUAUUACACUUCCCGUAGAGCCGAUGCUGCCGUGGGCUAGUACUGAGUGCUUUGUUGGAACUGAUGAUUCGAGAGCGCCCUCCUGAGCCGUGGGCAGAAAACACUGCGAACUACAGGCUGUGCCCGAAGAACGUGGCCUCGGCGAGGGUUUCACAGACGUUGGCUUCGUAAUGAUUAUCGUACUUCCUGUGGUGACUGCUUAACUCACACUGAUUUCCGUUAAAAUACCAGCCAGUGAAGGGGCGCAUCUGAGUUCUGUUCUUUUCAAAGUACACGGUUUCCCACUUGCUGGUGGCCCUGGCCUGGCGCACACGUUAUGUUAUUAUGCAUGGGGUAACACGCACACAGCUACAUGCACCGGGGCAGAACCAAUGUGGUGGACUAAACAAACGGACAGCCAGCGGAUCGAUCGCGUUGGGCGGAGGGUCCAGCGGAGACGCUGACUGAUUGGACACGAAAACAUGCUUUUUGGGGAAGGGCACCAAAGCACAUGACUGUCCUGGGGCCUCUGGAUCGCGAAGUAACCACAUCACCAGACACACUAACCUACAGGAAUACCUUACCCUCCUGUUUUUAAUUCUUAGGUUGUCUGUGUAGGACUAGGUUUUACGGCUUUUGUGCACAUCCGGACACUGGAUCAUGAAGCAGGUUGAGCAGAUUGUGGAUUUGGUGGUUCCAGAAGGGUGUGAUCACCCAGAAGGAAAUAAUGGUGUGAUUUGGGGAUUUUUUUUUUUGGCAGGGGGCAGUGGUGGCUUUGUUUCUUGUUUUUUUGUUUUUUCUUUUUGGCUAUGCAUUCGAAAAUUUUGAUGUUUCAAGGAUGCUUGUACAUAAUGCGUGCAUACCACUUUCGUUCUUGGUUUGUACAUUAACUUUUAUAAACUUCCUCUUUUUUUAUACAUAAACAAAACCAAGUUUCUUAAGGCUACCUUUGUAUUCUCUCCUGUACCUCUUGAGCCUUGAACUUUGACCUCUGCAGCAAUAAAGCAGCAUUUUUAUGACACACAGGUCAUUUUUUUUAAAGAAAAAGAAAUGCACAGCGUUGUUACAUUUUUAAGUGCUGCAUUUAAAAGAUACAGUGACUCAGAAGUCUCUAGUUUGAUUAAACUCUUGCAAAAUACCCCUCCUGUAAUUUGUGAUACACUGCUGUGCCCUAAAGUGUAUUUUUGUACUAAUAGACGAUUUAUUACGGCACAUCAGCACGACUUCUGUUUGGAUAAUACACCACUACAUUCUGUUAACCAUUAGGUGUGACUGGAUUUCUUUUGCGGUUAUUAAAGUCUCAAAUUUCUAAAUCUGCAGAAUAAAACUUUUAAAAUAAAGUGCUGGCUUGGACUGUU